AUGCGCCUGCUGGGAAAUUUGGUCUACACUGAAGCAACAGCUGAAAUGCGAGAACAACUAGCGACCAGAAAUGAUGUUCAUAACCAAACCAUCAGAGUUCCGCUGAGAGUCUGCUCUUCUUCUGGUAACUUUCAGCCUUCGCUUCUCGUAAACUUCAUAACAACGCAGAUGCUUUAUCCAGGCAACUACGCCCAGUUCUUCGCGAGCUUUGCCUCAGAAUUGAUUAGCGUGACAGAGUUCCUGCCUUCUAUUCAAAAUGGAUCAAGACCAAUCAGCUUAGAAGUGAUCAAUGACAUCGGGCUAUUUUUAAAUCUUGACGAAACCGAAGAAUCAAAUUCUUUGCUACGUGGUCCAGUAAACAUGUCGCUGGCUUUGAAACAAGCAUUAGAUUGUAGUACUUGUUCUACCCAGAGUGGGCCCAUAUACUGUUCGUCUGAGGAUGGCAAUAAAGUGAUGUAGUGCGAAAAGCUUCGAUAUUUACUAUUAGAAGGUUAUUAUUUGCUAACAUUUCUAGUUAUUAUCUUUCUUAUUUAUUAAUGUAAAUUGUUAUUUAUUUGUAUAGUUUUUUGAUUAUAUAUUUUAAUAUAUCAACUUAUUCAUUAUCUAGAUUGUUGUAAAAAUUGUAACGGGAUUAAAUAAUAAUGUUGGUAUAGGUAUAAUAUACCUGAUACAUGUAGCGAUUCAAAAUUAGCAAAAAAUUCUAGUCAGUGA